AUGGCUGAAAAAGAGGGGGAAGAUCCCAAAAAGAAGCAUGUCAAGCAACCGCCUUCAGUACCGUUUCUUUGGGAAGAGAGGCCCGGAAUGCCCAAAAAGGACUGGAAGGACAAAGCUUCUUCGUCUAGGCCAGUUCCACCACCAGCCAAGCUAGUUGCUUCAAUUCCCUUCACAUGGGAGGAGAAACGGGGAAAACCACAAACCUCUAUCUCACAGCCACCAACAGAAUCCAAAACACUGACCACAAACACAGACCUCAUUGGCGCAUCAUUGCCUCUACCACCCUCCCAUUGCCUGGAAGCUGCUGGUUCCUACAGAGAAUUUAGCGACGAUGAUGGCAAUGGUGGCUCGAAUGACGAAACAUAUGAAUUGGAUGUCGAACCAUUUCUCACUGAGACGGAUGAUAAUUCGUUCAGUUCCCCACCCUCUGUUCUGGCAAAUUGCUUUUUGUCAUCUGCAACGAUUUCUCCAGACACUCCUGUGCAAAUGAUCUCUUUGAGGGACAAUGCUGGUCCAGAGAUUCCAUCCUUUCUUUCAUCACCAGCUUCAGACUACAAAAGCAGCACGAGCAGUUCUCUGUCCGGAACUUCAAGCCUUGUGGGUGCUUCCUUCUUGGAAUGCCUCUUUCCACCACUUCCGCCGAACUCUGGUUUCUUAGAAAAAGUUGUCCCCUCCGAGAGACAGCUUUCUAGUGCAUCAGAGCAAAAUGGUGCAACUGUUGACAGAGAAAGUAAAAGCAGCCUCCUCAUGGAAUUUGCAAGACAGAGUGCUUUUGGAUGCGGCAUCUUUGGAUCAGGCAGCAAAAUGCUCAAAGGUUUGAGUUGCAGGUGUCAGCUAAGAUUGAAGCCGAGGUCAUAA